GGCGUUUGGCCUCGAUUCCUCGCGGUUACGCACUCCGGAAAAUCUGAACCACCGCGAACUUGUUGGGAGUGCACGGUUUUAGCUUGGACCUCUUCUUCGCAGGAAGAAGAAGAGCGAUCGAAAGUGCGCGCGAAUAAAGAAAUCGAAUGUCCUGCCGGAUAUCCGUCCUGUGAUACCCACAGCAGAAGGAGAAAUCGCUCGAAAUUGCGCCGGAACGCGUGUGUGUGCUGCGGAGAAAGUGGCCAGCGCCGUGUAUUUUGUGUUUCCCUUUUUGUUCGUUUCUGACGCCAAAGUUCGUGUGUACCCACACCCCCGCCAACCCCAUUCAUCAAACCCCCGGAAAAUGGGAUCAAAUUAAGACCAAAUUAUCUGUUAAAGUUAACAUUUACCAACCUUACUCGAUAAGAUCAUUAACGCCAGCUCGAAGGACAAAAUGAGUGUCUCAAAAAUUCUUCCAACAAACAUAUUUACCUCGCAAAGGAUUAUCAUUUUCUCCGUUUCGGCCGGAGUAGCACUGCUCGGUGCACUAGCAGCAUAUCUAGGGAGGCGAAGAACUGCGUUACCACCGCAACGACGAAUUCGCAAACCAUGCAAUCGACGCACCAGAAACAGCGUACGGAGCCCGAACGAUAUCGUGUCCGUUGCAGGAUCGCGCGUCUCGGCCCGAUCGUACAGCCCUAGCGGAUCCGUCCAUGCCGUCUCGGAUCGAAUGUCGCUUGCGUCCGGAUCACUGGCAGCUGCCGGUGGUGGCACUGGUUCGGUGGCAAUGGCAGCAGCCCCAGGUUCGAUCAUCGGCAAUUCCUCACCACUUUCACCGCAGCAACUCGGUGUCAUGGGUAUGGAAGCACUCGAAAACGCUGUAAGCUACUGGGAGGAUGCGUUAGCGGGGCGCGACGAAAUGGACGGACUACCGGGACGGUUUCUGCCCGACCAGGAAGAGUUCUGCCGCGAGCUGCAAAGUCUACUAGAAGCUGCCUACACGCUGCAGGAGCAGGGUGAACUCCUGUUCCUAGACGAGCGAUCAGUGCUGUACCGUGACGAGGGACACAAGAAAGCGAUCACCGAAAAUGGACUCACGAACGGACACCGUUCCGGAUCGGAUCCUAACUUUGAUUCGGCCGAAAGUUUCGCCUCCGCCCUGGAGCAAGUGGCCGACUUAAGGGAGUUUGAGGAUUAUAUGGACUCGACCGAUCUCGAGCGGUACCCACUGUACGCGAAUGCGAUCGCGAUAAACGACGAUCAGCAGAUUCCGUGCCGGGAGCUACGAACCGAUAUGGUUGGUUGUGCUUCCGACAUCGAGUACCUGGCGAAGCUGCACUGUAUACGGUUAGCGUUUCAGUUGCUGUUUAAGGAUCCCAAAAAUGGACGUUGGGUAGCCGAUACGGGACGACAGAUUCUAACCGAUCUGCUGUGCCUAGGUGACAAGGAUCCGAAGGAUUUCCUCGUCGCGUACGAGACGAUGCUCGAGUUUCUGCAGAAUCCGGCCAGCUGGAAUGACAUCGAGCUGGAGCUGGAGUCGCGCAAAGUCAAGGCGAUGACCUUCUACGAUGUGGUGCUUGACUUUAUCAUACUGGACGCCUUCCGCGAUCUUGAUUCCCCACCGGGCAGUGUGCUGGCGGUCAUCAAUAAUCGCUUUCUGUCGAAUAGCUUCAAAGAGAGCGCCCUGACGACGGCCGUCUGGUCGGUGCUGAAGGCCAAAAAGCGAUUACUAAAGUUCCCGAACGGCUUCAUGUCGCACUUUUACUGCAUCACCGAGCAGCUAUCGCCGCUAAUGGUGUGGGGAUUCUUCGGCCCCAACGAAACGCUCAAGGAGGUGUGCAAAUACUUCAAGGAGGAAACGAUCGCUUUCCUCGGCGAUAUCUACAACUUCCAGAAGUGCCGGUACACGACGGUGGAAGAGUUGGCCCAGGACAUACUGGAGUGUAUGAAAAAGCGGGCCAACAACAUUGCCGUCAAGUUCAACCAGUAAUCGUAGUAAGCAGUUGGCACCCUCGCGGCUCCUUCGCUUUUACUUUAGUAUGGUGCAGGUGAUGACGCGGGAAUGGUGGUUCGUUGUGUAAAGUGUUGCUCUGUUAUGGGGUUUCUUUAAAAUUUAAUUUCUAAUUUUUCUUUUAACCAGUUUUUGCCAAACUUUACAAAACCACGUGCUCAACCGUGAAUAAAAACAGACACCAAUAGUAAA